AUGCAAUUGCAGGAUUUGCCUGAAAAGGUACUUGAUAAUGUGUUGUUUUUCUUAGGACAGAAUGAUGUGCGAAACUUAGCAUUAACCAACUAUCAUUACUACAGACCAUGCCAAAGAAAAUUGUAUUCUCGGAUCGUGAUAAUAGAAGACCAGGUUCUAGGAUUGAGCAACAUUGGCCGGCUGAUGGAUUUUAUGCAUUCACAAGUUACUUUUCUUUAUGGGUACUCGUUGAAGAAGCAUCAAGCCUACAGCUUGACUAACCAAUAUAAACUAAUUUGGGCUAAAUUGGAAGCAUUAAUCCAGUCAAUGCAGAUCAAUAUUGAACUUAUAGAGUUCGUUAAGGAAAUAUACAUAUUGGGUACCUUUAAUAGUCUCAUAGUUGAUUCAUUACGUAAGUUGGUAUCUUUAAUUCAAUCUGUAUCUUCAAACAAGUUGCAAGUUAUUCAUGCAAGUAGUUUUGAAGUUCGCAAAAACUUGAAAAUUGACUAUGCGAUGUUGCCAUAUGCCACUGAAUUAAUUAUCGAUAGCCUUAAUCUACCAGAGACUUCUGGAAUUACCAGUGUAAGAAUCACAAGGCAUUGUCCAGACGUUGUUGGUCCUAUAGAUAAAGAUUGGUUGAGAUUACUGAAACAGUUAAGUAGCCUUAUCGUAUCACCAACUUCAUUUGAUUGCUUCUUCAUAGAGCUUUUACGAUUAAACAAUGGAGAAGUGCAUCCCCUUAGAUUCUCGUCACUAUUGGCAUUCAGAUUGGUUAUCACUAAAACUAAUUUGGCAUUAAUUAACAAGUUGGUUCCACUUUUAGUAAAAGUCUCCAAAUUGGAAAUAGUUUUUAGAACAGCUAAUUUCGAUGUUAUUGAAGAAGCCUUUACGGCCCUCGUCCCAUUAGAAGGCAGAAUCACACACUUGAGUAUUAUUCAAGAUACACCAGAAUUUAGCAACCACUCUAGAAUCGAAACUUUUGAACUCGAAAUUCUUAAUUUCAUAAAAUCAUUACCAAACCUCAAAUUAUUAUACAUGCGUCUUUGGAUCCCAGAAGAAAGCAUGUACAGAGAUGAUGGCGUUGAUGGAAACUAUUUAAGACGCCUCAAGUUCUAUAGAGAGUUGUUACCAAGUGGUUUUCAUCAAAAAGUUACUUUGAUUCUUCCUAAUUUAGUUUCCUCAUUAGCAUCAUACGAACAAGCAAUGAAUACAGUGCUUUGGAAUGGAUGUAAAUGUCAGCAUUGUCUCAAUUACUUGGACUACAUUGACGAAUAUCUUUUCACGCAUCAGUAUUACAAUGACUCUCAGGACUGCUUCAAAGAUAUCGUGUCAUCCCAUGUCGUCAGUUCUAUUGGGCAAUAUCUUAGUCAACGUAUGAUAGUGUUUAAUAACCCUGAUAUUAUGGAUGAAUUUGAGGAUAUUCAUGAUCAUGUUUCACAUAGAAAACAUGACCAUUAUGAGGGUGAUAUCUUCUACGACGCUGAAAAUGAAAUGCCUCUGAGGUGCUUCUUUGAUGAGCAUGUAUUCAACCACAAUUACGGUAUUUGUAUUAGUCAUUAUGUCAAUGAUUUAGUACGUUCGUUAUUAAGGCUCCAUCGUGGAGAUGCCGAAUCUCGAUACAUUCACGAACUUGAAACCACCGAUGGUGAAAACUUUCACAGCCUUAAAUUUAAUAAAGUCAUCAUUAACGGAAUUAACUAUGUUCUCAAUCGAGAACUUAACAAUACGGCCUUCUACGUUAAUGUUCACGAUGCUGAUAAUAUAUGA